AUGUCUGAUAUUGCACUUGAGCAAAAGAUUAAGGCAGGUGGAUUUUUACCACUGACUUUAACUCUUGAUCCAUUGCAAGCUAUUCUUCUUGAACUCAUGAAAAUGUUGAAAGAUCAUGAUGGAAGAAUAAUUAAUCUCGAAAAUAGCAAAGCCGAUAAAAAUGACUUAACAAUCAUUCAAAAUAACAUCGAUGCAAACAAAAAAGAAACAGAUGCACGAAUUGCCGAACUUGAAAAGAUGUUCAAAGAUAAAAAUGCUGCUUUACAAGAACAACUCAACUCUAUAAAAGCAAAAGCUGACGAAGCAUUCAAUGGCAUGAAUCAGGCUAAAGAUAGACUCGAUGGAUUGCAAGGAAAUGUUGAUAAACUUACAAAUCAAGUUAAUGACUUACAAGAACUCAUGGAUGGUCAAAGAUCACAAGUGUCCAAGCUUAAAGAUGAUCUUGGAGAUUUACAAUCACGUGUUGACAUGAUGAACGGAAAAGUUUUAACUAUGGAUGGUAAAAUGUCUAACUUAAAUAAUGAUCUCGGCAAUCUUAAGAAAGAAGUUGAAAAUCUUAAGAACCAGAAUAAUAAUGGUGAUGAUGGCUCUGCCAAAGUUGAAACAAGAGAAUUCAUUGCAAAUCCUGAUAAUGAAAAAGCUAUAUCUGAUCUUACAAACAGAAUAAACGAUCUUGAGAACAAGCUUAUAGCCAUGAGCCUCCAGAAAGGAGAACCUGUUUCUUCAUCUAAAUCAGAUGGAAACAGCAAUCUUGAUUUAUCCAAGUUUGCAACGAAUGAUGCUCUUUCAAAGCUUGAUGGUAAGGUUGCUGACAAUUAUCGUGACCUUAAGGAUCAAAUUGAUGCUUUGAAGAAGAAAUUAGAUUCAGUCAAAUCACCUGAACCAACAGAACAAACAAACUGGAGGCCAAGAAGAGAUCUUACUCCUGUUGAGAGAAAGCCUAAGACAGAAGAAAGCGAAUUCCCUGUCAGGCCUCCACAAGCAACAGGAAACUUCGUUACUAAACCAGAAUUUGAAGAACUUGCAGAAAAAGUUGCCAAACUUCAAGAGCAAACAACCGAAAAUACAGCCCAAAUCAAUAACAAUAAGGCAUCUAUUGACAAACACGAUGAAUCAAUCAAAUCUCAUGAGAAGACCUUGGAUGACCACGAAAAGCGAAUCAAAGCACUUGAAGAUAAGCUCAAAGAAAUGCAAGAACUUGCAGAUAAACUUGGUCUUAUUGAUGAUCUUUCUAAUGAAGUUAAACGCUUGCAAGGCGAAAUUGAGCAAAGACCUACUAAAGAUCUUAUUGAACGCUUAUUCGAGAAGUUCAAACAGAGCAUGGGACAGAUUGCAGACAUGAUCAAGCAACAAAAGUCAGAUAAUGGAGAUGGUCAAUAUGCAACUAAAGAAGAUCUCAACAGAAUUGAGUCACUUGUUAAGUCAUUCUCAGUUGAGUUUGAAGAAGCUGCAGCAGCUAGAAAGUGCACAAAGUGCCUUUCUUGUGGACGUGGCUAUAGAGAAGUUUCCGGAGCACUACCUGACAAAGAGUCUGCUCAAAUUCUUGGAGCAGCUCCAAUUUCGGCUGUUAUGGAUGGUGUUAAUAAGCCAUGCUUUGUUUAUGGAACAGAUAAGGAGCUUUACUAUGCAGCCAAUCCAAGAGGAAAAUCUUUUGUUGUUAGAGGUUCAACACCUCCAAAGUCCGCAAGAAAUUGA